GCCACCAUUUGCGGCCUGAGCUGUCAAUCACCGGGUCCCAACCGGUGAUUACUCGCCAGCAACCGGGAAAGCUGACAGGGGAGAGACCUGUGUGUAAACAACACAGGUCUCUCUCCUGCCAGCAAGGACAUGCUGCUUUGUAUUUUUCUGCACAGCAACAGCAUGUCAUCCUAGUAAAGCAUACACAGCACACAGUAAAACGUACACAGUUAACCCUUUGAUGGCCUCAUAUGUUAACCCCUUCCUGCCCAUUGUCAUUAGUACAGUGCCAGUGCUUUUAUUAGCACUGAUCACUGUAUUAGUGUCACUGGGGAUGCUAGUGGCAGUUAGUCAGUUCCCCCAGUGUCAGAAUGCUCGCCGCAGUCUCGCUAUA